GAAAAAAAACUUUGAAUGUCAAUUGUUAAUCAAUUCUGAUAUUUUACAAUUUUAAAAAAAAUUGUGUUUCCCGUUCAAGAACACUAUUGUACUCAAGAUUCAAGAAAACAAACAUUUUUUUUUACUCAAUGGAGGGACUCUGUGUGAAGCUUUUUGAAGCAUCAAGAAAGUACAAAAUGAAGAGACGCAAAGCUGAAGCAAUAGGAAUGGCAGACAGUUUUGAGGCAAGUCAUGAAGGGAUCAAGACUGUUGAUGUCCAAAAACGCUGUGAGUUCUCUGGAACUGCUGAUCUUUGCAUCUAUUUUGUCACUUGGAAUACGAACGGACAGGCACCCUGUGAGGAUAUAGCAAAAUUAGUUGGUGAAGAGAGGAAAUAUGAUUUAUUGGUGAUGGGUUUGCAAGAGGCACCUCGAAACAACAUUUGCAAGUUAUUGAAGAACACUCUGGCUGAUACUCAUAUGCUUUUAGGAAAAUCAGUAAUGCAAUCAGUGCAACUGUAUGUGUUUGGCCCCAAGAAUUCAGAGAAAUUUAUAAGAGAAGUAAAAGUGGAUAAGCAUGAAGUUGGAGGAUUAGGAUGGUUAAUCAGAAGAAAAAAAGGAGCAGUGGCUAUUAGAAUUAGCUACAAAGGCAUACAAAUGGUUUUUAUUUCUUGCCACCUCUCUGCUCAUGCUCGUAAUGUAGAAGAGAGGAAUUUUCAGUUCAAGCAUAUAUCAAAUUCACUCUUCUCAAAGAAUAGGAAUCCUUAUGCUAAAUCUGCACAGCUUACUGUAUGGUUGGGAGAUUUAAACUAUAGACUCCAAGGCAUAAAUUCCUAUCCUGCUAGAGAUCUCAUCCAUGGAAAUCUCCAUCAAAUGCUAACUAGCAAAGAUCAACUAUUACAAGAAGCAGAAAGAGGAGAGAUUUUUAAUGGUUAUUGUGAAGGUGCAUUAGAUUUCAAACCAACUUACAAAUAUGAUAUUGGAAGCAGCAGUUAUGAUACCAGUCACAAGGUUAGAGUACCAUCAUGGACAGACAGAAUAUUAUUCAAGAUAGACAGUAACAAUAUAAAUGCAAGUUUACAUUCUUAUGAAGCCAUUGAAAGCAUACAAAGCUCUGAUCAUAAGCCAGUCAAAGCUCAUCUCUGCUUAAAAUUGAACAAAUAAACAUUAAUGGAGACUCCAAUUUUGUUCCAAGAUUAUCAAACUGAUUAAUGUUUAUAUUAAGUACAAUGAUUAAUUAAUUAAUUAAUUAAUCAACCAUGUGCAAAUAUUCUUUUAUUGUUGUUCGAUUGUGGGUUCAGCAUACUUUUUUCUUGCUUCCUCUCGUACGCGAUCAAAUGUAAUUAAGUUAUUGUUAAGACUGAUUAUGAAUGUAAUUUAAACCUUUGUUACCGCUAUGGUAAAAUGUAAAGAUUUUUUUUUUA